AUGUUUGGAACUGAAAGUUCAGACGUCAAGAAUACAAGUCAUCUUUGCAACAAGAUAUGUAUCAUGUUGUUGUGCCUAUUCUUCAUUGUUGGUGCUUACACCUUGUUCUUUAUCUCGAAUAUAGGGUACACACAACCCGAAUUCAACGUCAACGGUGCUUAUCUUAGUCGAUUCAAUAAUUAUACCGAAAUCAACCAUACUCUCUCCUACAAUCUCGUUCUCAACAUCACCCUCACAAACCCUAACAAGAAAGUGGAAUUUGUGUGGAGUGACACCCAAGUCAUUGCAUACUAUCAAAAUGAGAGAUUUGGUCUUGUGACUUUGAUCGAUAGGUGGAAAUCGAUUCACCAAGACCCCAAGAACACAACUAUUUUUCAGAAUGCCCUUAUUCAAGGUCGGAACCCUCUGCUGUUUGAGGAACAUGUGCUUCCCAAUGUUACUCACUACUACCGUAUUGACCUAGUAAUUGCUUUCCAUGACAAGAUUCAUCAAUCGUUUGCCGAGGUCACGUGCAACCUAACAGUUCCACUGAAUUUUAAUGUAACAUCUUGUGAUGGUUUCAACACAACAAAGUGCUCCUAUAUUCAAUUUAAACUUGACCAUGACUUGGCUCCUAAAAAUUAA